AUGAACCAUUCAAUUGUUCAAUUGAAUGAUUUACCCGAUGAGAUUCUCAUGAUGAUUUUGAAAAAAUUAUGGAAUAUUAGAGUACUCUAUUCUCUAAUAGGUAUUAAUAAAAAAUUGGAUAGAAUUGCAUGUGAUCCAGCUUUUACAAGAUAUUUAUCAUUGGUGAAUCGAUCAUCGAACAAUUCAGUCGCUCCAUUAACGAAUGAAGUCUUAAAUCGGUUUUGUUCACAAAUUCUACCUAAAAUUCAUCAUCAUAUUCGACGACUUGAUCUAGAAUCAUCAACAAUGGAACGUAUACUUUCUACAACAAACUAUCCUAAUUUACAUCAACUUGGCCUAUUUAAUCUUCGUGCAAAAACAGCUGCAUCUCUUUUCACAAGUAAGACAUUAAUUGCUGUUAAAUAUUGA